UACUAGUAAAGCUCUAACUCUACUGCAGGUUUCGUACACAUCAAGACGUUGACGAUGACGGCCACACAAACACUCAACCACACAACCCUUCACCGCCCGCUGCUGCAAUAGCUAGUUAUCCUGUUGUGAACGUAACCAGAGGCAAUCAUGGCCCGCGGAAAAUUCAACAAACGAGGUGGUGGUCCCCGUUUGGACGCCGAGAAUGCCGACGAGAUUGAACAGCGCAAUGCCCGUUUAGCCGAAUUGGAAGAACGGCGUACCCAACGUCGAGCCGAAGAAGAGGAAGACGAGGACGAAGAAGGCGGCGGCGGCGAUGAAGGAGCGGCUGCCGAGCAGAGCGGCGAGGCAACCAGUACUCCCGCAGCCAAGCCCAAACCAGAAAAGGCUGCACCCGUCACUACCGCUGAAGACCACAAGCGCAACAUGGCCAAAUUGGCCGAGGUGAAAAAGCGUCGUGAAGUGGCCGAAGCCAAGCGAAAGGCAGAAACCGAAGCGGCCGAACAAGCCGAAGAAGAUCGGAAAAAACAGGCGGCCGCAGUGACAGGGGAUGACGGCAAGAAAAAGAAGAAAGAAAAGGAAGUCAAGAUUCCAAAAUUGGAUAAAAUACAAAUCAAGAAAAUGAAACCAGCCCAAAUGAAAGAAGCACUCAAAUUGAGGGGCUUGGAAAUUCAAGGAAAUGCAAAGGCGCUGACAGACCGUCUUUUGAAGUACGAGGCAGCUCGCUAAAUCAAAAGUUGGAGACAAUUCUAAGAGGAAAAUGUGCAAUAAGCAAAAGCAGUUCAAUUCGUG